CAUAUGACAUUUUGUCAUUACCGCAUUGAGGACAUUUCCUCUCAAUCUGUGGCCCCGAGGAUUUAUCUUCAGCCUUUGGUUUUUCGUACAAAAAAUUAAAAAAUGAGAUUAUCUCACAUGAUUGCUAGCAUCAUGAUGGGGGUAACAUGGACACAAGCCGUCAAAGGAAAUCAGUACUCAUUAUUUGAUUUCACAACGGCCAGCAAUGUAGACAAUUGGUCAGAAAUUUCAGACACCGUUCGAACGCCAGGAAUGUCUAAAGCCGUACUAACUCUACAAAAAACUCAAUUAUUUCAACGCGGAAUUUUCUUUACGCUCUUGAACCCCCAGCCAAACGGAGCCGGAUUUGCCGGAGUACGAAUGCCUACUACCUGGGAUUUAAGCGGAUACACCAAUAUCGAAAUAAAGUGUCGCGCCCAGGGCAAUAACGAGCAUUACAAGGUUGUUUUGAGACACAAAGGGCUUGCUUCAAACGACGACACCUCUUAUGAGCAGACUUUCGAAGUUCCAGUGACAAAUAAGGAGUUUUCAACAAUAAGUUUACCCCUGAAAAACUUCAAACCUUACUAUCGAGGCCAGGAAGUACUGAAUGGAACUCCGCUGGACACAGCAAACAUAACGACGUUUGGCUUACAAGUUUUCGGCGGUGUUUACUCGCCAUUUAAGCAACACGGCGUGUCAGCUCUCGAAAUUGAAACGAUUGUCGCAACUAUUUAAGCAUUUAUGUAAAUAUUAUUGUAAUUAUUCGCAAAAUUACAGCUGCCAAAUAAAUCCGCACAUUAUUAACGAUCAACUAGGAUUAUGCGUACUGCAAAUUAGAUAUUAGAUACAAAUUAAUGUUUUCAUACAUGAGUAAUGAGUAAUGUAAUAUAACAUUUGUAAUAAAAUAAAUUAUUGGAAUAAAUAUCAUAAAAUAAAUGAAAA